CCGCGCCAAGUGUCACGUCGCAUCGUCCACUCUGCACCACCACCCACCACCCACGCGUCCUCCCUCCGUCCCUCCUUCCUUCGUCAGCCUCGCCGCCCAACCUCCAUCCUACAUUCCAGAGAUCGCCAUUGCCUUGCCCCCCGUCCGUUCGACAGAUAAAACCGGCGCCCCUCACGAAUUCCAAAGCCAUCUCCACCAGUUCCUCCAUCUCUCUUUCUCUGCCAUAUUCGACCUUGUUUCCUCUCUCGGCCUCUUACCUUUUACCCGUCUUCCAUGGCUUCCCAGGACCUCAAACAACGGACCACACCGCACGACCCCUCCCCGGCCGACGCCGCCGAUGCCCCCGCCGCCGCCGCCCCGACAACCACCACCAAGGCCAGGCCGAGGCGCGCCGACCGGCGCACCAUGGCGAAGCGCGGCCUCCGCUCCCUGGCCCUCGCCGUCUCCCUCCCGCUCUCCCUCACCCUCCUCGACAUCUACUUCUUCGGCCCCCUCAGCGCCCCCGCCGCCGCCCACGCCGCCGCCGCCGCCGACGAGGCGGAGAGGCCCUUCGUCCCGCCCCUCUGGAUCCUCCACACGCUGUGCGCCGUCUCCAGCCUCCUGAUGGGCCUCUCGGCGUGGCUCGUCUGGGCCGAGGGCGGGUUCCACCGCAGGCCCGCGGCGCUGCCGCUGUACCUGGCCCAGCUCGGGCUGGCCCUGGCGUGGGGCCCGGUGGUGUUCGGGCUCGGGGCGGGCCGGGUGGGGCUGGCGAUGGCGGCCGGGAUGGUGGCGGCGAUGGUGGGGUGCUACAAGACGUUCGGGGAGGUGAACCCGAUCGCCGGCGAUCUGGUGAAGAUAUGCUUCGCGUGGGCGGGCCUCUUGUCCGUGGUGAAUCUGAAGCUCGUGUCCAUGUGAAGAAAGCGAUGGAGCGUCGUCGUAUCACGUGGUAGCGUCGGGCUUAGAAUUUGGUGUUCUAGCGUCUUCGGUUUCGUGCGCUCUCGUACAGAACGUGAGUCCGUCUCGUCAGAGUGCUUGAUGUACAUAAUGUUUUGAGGUUUCAGUUUCUCGUCCCCUUUGAGGGAGACGAUGUGGUUAUGCUGGCGUCGUUACUUAGGUUGUCAUAUCAUCCUUAGGCCAUUUUGGCCCACUCUGAACGAUACCCGUUUCGAUAUUCUGUGGUCGCGGUCUUGUGAUUGUGUUGUAUCCAUAGGUACUUUGAUCAAAUAAAACGUGAGCUGAUGCCACUGAAAAUUUCACAA